AUGAUUCACUGUUUGUCGUUUUUAGUGGCCUGCAGCCUUCUUGUGUCACCGUGUCUCGGCGGCUGUGCCGAGGUGGACUCCCUGACUGAAGCAGUAGCGGGGCAAGGGUUCCUGCUCGGCUGCAUCUCCUGUAAGAAACGAGAGGAGGUUCCGGCCCGAACCACUGUGGACUGGCACUUCAAACCACAGGGGGAGGGCGAGUUCAGGCAUAUCUUCAGCUACAGCCACCCCACCGCCGACAUCCUCCAUGAGGAUUUCCGCGAGCGCCUGAAGUGGCAGGGGACCCUGAACCACGACAUUCAGGUCGGAGCCGUUUACAUCCAGAACGUCACCUUCAACGACUCGGGGACGUACCGCUGCACCUUCCACCGGACUCUCCUGCUACCGCUGGCAGAUGAGAGGGUGGUCGUGGAGAAGGAGGUGGCGCUCACGGUGGUGGCUACAGCCAACCGGGAGGUGGUCUCGGUGGUCUCGGAGAUCCUGAUGUACGUUCUGAUCGUGGUUCUGCAGCUGUGGCUCAUCAUGGUCCUGGUUUACUGUUACAAGAAGACUUGGGACGAACACGAGGAGCGAGAGGAGAAGAAGGCUCUGAAGGCCCAGGAAGCACUUUUACAGAUGAAGGACAACAGUGCCUGAGUCCAGAUGUGGAGACCUCAGUUACACAUCUGCAGGAUGAGAACAUGACUCACAUGAUGAGGUCUUGAAGGUUAUGUCACUUUCUCUUUUCGUUUUUACUUUUCAAUUCUCCAGUUGUGGCUCAAACAAAAGAACGUCCCUGCUGCUGCUGCAGAAGAGAAAUCUGCGCUUUACACUCCCAAAGAGAGAACUUUAAUAUUUCUGUUUUCAUAAAUGUUUUAUUGAUAACCUUUGAUUUAUUGA